AUGGGAACAUCGGGGGAAAAAAGGGAGAGUGCGAAUGCUGAGAUAAUCAUUGUGGCAUCCAGUGAAGAGGAAGAUGUGGCAGUGGAGAGGGAGGAAAAAAGAGUGAAUAGUUUGCACCAAGAGGAGGCAUGGGGGAAGAAGGAAGUGAUCGGUGGAGGUAGAACAGUGGUGGAUGGGGAAGAGGAGGAAGGUGGUUGUUUCUGUUGUAGUGAGACUUUGAUGCAGUUCAUUAGGAAACACUGGUCUGGGGAUGGACAGACUGACAAACGCAUAGCCGGAAACCCAGACCCGCAGGGCUCCCCCAAGCCAGAAAAGGUGUCAUUGCGUAUGAUUUCUCACUUCUUGGGUCCCAACCACCCUGCUGACAUAGCUGUGGCCUGUUCUAACACACCUUACUGCCUCUAUCUGUACAGAGGGGUAAACCUAGGAGAGAGGCAGAGUGCCAACAUUGUUCUGAUUGGCUACUUUGAUCAGCAGUCAGGGGUCAAAGCACUGAGGCUUCUGGAUGCUGUGAAGGUCCAUGUGAACUCGAAUCCACAUGUUGGCCAGACAGAUAUGAACGCACAUUCCAAGGUGGACAGCCAGUUGAGCAGCAACACAAACACAGUGGCCGUGGAAUCAUACCUCUUGAUCAAGACGCUAAAGAACUUUGGUCUUCUUCUGUCCAACCUGGCUGUGUUCUGCUGUGACUCUCAAGACCAAGAGGAGAAUCGGGAGUUUGUAUCCCAUCUCCGUGCUUUCAACCCCGGGCUCAUCUCUCUCUGCGGCCUCACUGGGCUGACUGGAAGAGCCUGCCACACUGGGGUAACGGCCUCAUUUGGCCACGUGUUAGAGUUGGUAAGGAGCCUCCACCAUCAUUACACCACCUGCACCUCCACCAAUGACAGUCUGAAAGAGCUGUUUGCUAACACAGAGCCAUACGACCCUUCCUUACCCCUCUCUGCUCAGUGUCUGUUCUUCGGCCGUGUGGUGCAGAAGAUAGCCAACACUUGGAGGGACUUAGCGGAGUAUUUCCAAUCCCUGGUGAAGACAGGGGAUGCCAGACAGAUUGCAGCCCAAUUGUUGGACCCAAAGGUCAAGCUGGGUGUCUUGUUUCUGUCCGAGGCGCUGGAGCCCCUCUGCGCCUUCAAGGAGGUUUGGCAGUGGAAAAUUGGGGACCUGGCCGAGAUGCUGCAGUUGCUGUUCACGUUGUCCCACACCUACACCAUGCGCCUCCUCACACCCUCCACCGGCGAGCAUUUCCUCCAGAAGAGAGAUCUGGCGCUCCUCCACGAUACCACAAAGCUUCCCUCUGCUCUGGGGAUCAAUGUGGGAGCUCCUGCCCACGACUUCCUGUCACUGCAGUCUGAGACGGGAGAACUGAGGAAGGAGUUUCUGGCGAAUGUAGCAGCAUUCUACAAGGCGGUCACGGAGAGCUUGGCGGAGAGUUUUCCGGAACAGCUCAGCGAACUGACACUGAGGAAUAUUGCCAUACUGCUGAAACCAGCGUGCAACAACAAGGUUUCCAAGAGCUCCAGCAGGAUAGUGUUGGAGCUUGGCAUACAGCUGGGUCUAUGCAGCCCCAGGUCAAAGGAAGCUCAUCAACUGACUCAGGAAUAUGUUCAAUACUUUAGCACAGUGGAGCAGAAGGAGGAUGGGAGAGGAGCAGGAGCCUAUCAAUAUUGGACCAAGGCAUUGCAGAGCAUGGGACAGGACUCAAUUCUGCGUAGACUGUUCCUGAUACUCCUGGCCCUUCCUAGUUCCAUAUGCAGGGAGCUGGUAUUUGCCAAGGUGUUCUCUAGCAGUACUAGCACUGACUCCCUAGACAUGAAAGACGACCUCAAAACCCCACCCAGACAGGAAGUCAGCAGGACAAUGGCCAAACCCAACCUCAGGAAAAAGAGAAAGUCCAGCGAAGCAGGUAAUAACAACAGUGGCGAGGAAGAGGCUGAUAAAGACUGUUUGACAGAUGACGGCAAAAUCUGGGAGAAUUGCACAGAGUAUGGAGAAGAGGAGAUCAUCUGGGGUAAGAUGGAAGGGAACUACUCCCUGUGGCCAGGCUACAUCAGACCCUGGAGGGUAAGACCUCCCCAGCCAGAGUGGAGGUUGGUGGAGUGGUUCGGGAUUGAUACGUGCUCUCAGGUCAGUGUUGAAGAGCUGCGGCCCUUUGCAGCCUUUGCCCAGUGUUUCUGUGCUAAAUCCUUCGCCACCGUGGCCAGUUACAAAGAUGCCAUCUCCCAUGCUCUACAGGUGGCGGCAAGGCGUUGUAACAAGAAGCUCUCAGAGAUUCAUGAUAAUGAGGAGCUUCUGAGAGUGUUGCUGGACUGGGCCUUCGGCGCGUUCGAACCCACAGGACCUGAUGGGUUCAAACCAAAUGCAGUCUCAACAGGCAAGAUAUGUAAAAUGAGGAAACGACUCCUCAUGAUGGAGACCCCCAGCAGCCCCUGCCCCUUGAGUGUCAAGGAGAGCUUCAACAGCAGUCUGAAACAAGCGUACGUCAGUUUGGAGAAACUGUCCAUCAACGUCCUGGACAAAUUCUCCGGCAGCCCCAAGACUGCAGAGACAUUUGUUGGAGAGAUUGCCAAGGAGGCAGGGAGAAAAGAAAAGGUAGCCAGAGGAGAAGGGGAGAAAGAGAAAGUAGAGAAAGUCCAUAAGAAGAAAAAGAACAGUCUUGGUGAGCUCAACGGUAACCUGUCGCCAGAGUACCUGCCCCCCCUCAAGAAGAAGCACAUUACUAAAGUCUACGCUAAGGCCAAGGACCAGGAUUGUGUUUACGUCCAGCCAGACCAAAACCACAGAGAGGAGACCAUUGUUAGGAUCAUGAAAAAUAAACUGGAUAUUGAAGCUUUUUGUCUGUGCUGUGGAACCAAAGACAUCGAGAUAUUCCACCCUCUGUUUGAAGGCGGCCUGUGUUUAAGGUGUAAAGAUAAUUUCACAGAGACGCUGUACCGCUAUGAUGACGAUGGAUACCAGUCCUACUGUACCAUCUGUUGCUAUGGCAUGGAGGUCAUACUGUGUGGAAAUGACAGCUGCUGCAGAUCCUACUGUCUGGACUGUCUCAACAUUCUGGUUGGUCCAAGUACAUUUGAGUGUUUGAAGGAGAUAGAUCCAUGGAUCUGCUACCUGUGUCAGCCCCACGGGCAACAUGGUGCUCUAAUCCCCAGGAAGGAUUGGAGCAUACGGGUCCAGGAGCUGUUUGCCAACAACAGUGCCAUGGAGUUUGAGCCCCACCGCGUCUACCCAUCAAUCCCCGCCAACCAGAGGAGGCCCCUCCGCGUCCUGUCACUGUUUGAUGGCAUUGGAACAGGCUACCUGGUGCUGAAGGAUCUGGGCUUCAAAGUGGAGAAGUACAUCGCCUCAGAGAUCUGUGACGAUUCCAUCUCCGUGUCAAAUGUAAACCACGAGGGGAAGAUCAUCCACGUGAACGACGUCAGGCUCGUCACCAAGGACCAUAUCAAACAGUGGGGUCCAUUUGAUUUGUUGAUUGGUGGCAGCCCCUGUAAUGACCUCUCCAUUGUAAACCCGUUACGAAAGGGCAUCUACGGGGGCACCGGCAGGCUGUUCUUUGAGUUCUACCGUAUCCUCCACCUCCUGAAGCCCAAAGAGAAUGAUCCCAGGCCCUUCUUUUGGUUGUUUGAGAAUGUGACCUUUAUGAACACACAUGAUAAAGUCAACAUCUGCCGCUUCCUGGAGUGCAACCCAGUGCUGGUGGAUGCCGUCAAAGUAAGCCCAGCCCACAGAGCGCGCUACUUCUGGGGUAACAUCCCAGGGAUGAACAGGCCUAUUACAGCGUCUCAGAAUGACAAGUUGAAGCUACAGGACUGCUUAGAAGUUGGUAGAGAGGCAAAGUUCACCAAGGUAAGAACCAUCACCACCAACCCCAACUCUCUGAAGCAAGGGAAGAACGUCUCUCUGCUGCCCGUACUUCACAAUGGGAAGGAGGACAACCUGUGGAUCACCGAGCUAGAGAAGAUCUUUGGCUUCCCCAAACACUACACCGACAUAAGGAACAUGAACCGGCAGCAGAGACAGAAGGUUCUGGGGAAGUCCUGGAGCGUGCCGGUCAUCCGCCAUCUCUUCGCUCCCCUGAAGGACUAUUUUGCCUGCGAGGAGCUGCCGUCCCUGUCUAUCUCAUCUACCUCCCCGGAUUUACCGGACCCCCAACCUCAGCAACUCGAAUAG